GUUGAUGUCCUCUGCCUUAUUACCAAACGCAUCGACUCCACUCACCUUACUUCUUCAUCUUCGUCGAUAGACACGCCUUUAGAGACCCCUGUCAUUGCGAUAUUGCUGCCGACACCCCUCCCCAUGCUCCUCGAUGCCUGCUCCUAGACCAUCCUGUUCGUUCAAGCUCGUGCUUCUUGAUGGGUUUCUUCGUCACAUAGGUACAUUAUAGGCCAGGCUUCCGGUUAAGACACACCAUGUUCACCGUUUCGUGGAGAUGUAAUCAGACCCUGAUUUCCUCACUGCAUCUUCCUCUCCCCACACCGUUACGUUGUUACUGCGUCGCCUCUUUUCGACCCGACAAGUUCUUUUGGACCUUGAGUCUAAUAAUAUUCUCCGGGCUCAACUUUCUUUUCUUUUUCGAUUGUUCCAGAGUCCACUUCUUGGCCUUAUUCAGCUUGGGUUCUCAUCCACCUCCGGUUCUACUGUCUGGACCUCGGUCAAGACUAACAACAACAAGAAUAGGAAGAGAAAGAAGCAAGGCGGUCCGUAACGUGGGUCCAUAUCCUGCGCAUAAGUAACAUCUCCUGGAGGUUAUACUAAGUCAGUAGGGGCCCAGCGGAAGAUCUGACCGAGUUUUCUCUUACUCAAAGUGAAAGACCCUCGAAGAUCUUCUUUUUGCCUCCUACCUAUUGCCAUCUCAUCUAUUCUCUACUCUCCCCACGGCUUUCGAUAACAGCUUCUGAGAUAACAAGCCUUACCUUGGCCUCAUUUACCUCGAUUGGCGCCCCACGACUUGCUCUGCCUCACCAUAUCAUCCUAUUUGCAUCCAUUGGCUGAAGAGAACCCUGGACAUCACCAAUCACAUUGCCAUCUGCCCAUCAACGCCUUGGAGCCACGCUUUAUGAUCUGAACAGCCAUCACUGUUGCCUCCCGAGACAGUUCUUUCUCCUUUUGCAUCUUUGUGGCAACCCGGUACCUGACAGAGCCCAACUGUAUCGAUACCUAACCCAGCUGCCCACCACUACGCAUCAGUCAAUACGAGAAGGCCUCCAUUACUACACUUCAAGACUUAUAGACACUAAGGGCGACAUCAACACAAGUGAAUUCAUUCCCGGAGGUUUCAAGGAGAAAACUAAUUACCUCACCUCGAUCUCACGAACAUAGUUCACGCACCUCCAGCCGACUCAACCAUCUGUACAGUGGAAAGAAACAUAGGGGUUUCGUGACACCCGAUAUACAACGCUUUUAAGCAGCACCAGGCUUCUCGGAGCCGCUGAAACAGACAUUUCUUCGCCAACACAACCAGAAACAGUCGCCGAGCUGGCCCAACUCAAGAGCGAGUCUCCACUCUGCCUCUUGCGGGCAGAGUUACCGCCAUCCAUCGUGGGUGUAGAAGACCGUCUCGAGCGGGGGCGUACGCCUCGCUCAUAUGCUAACGGUCCAUACGCGGGAAGACUGGAUGGCCAGACUGUCGCGUUAGACUUUGCUGCUCUUCUGAAGGCAUCUGGAUCUCAUGAGGCUCCUGUCUCGCCGCUUCACCAGACCCAGCCUGUUCCAGCUCCCACUUAUCAGCCAUUUCCUCCCAAGGCAUCGCCAGCUCCACCACGGCCUGUUGCGCAUGUGGCGCCACCACCGCAGGUAGCUUCGACACAGAUGUCUGGAAGACGCGGCAUGCACCCCCAUGCUACAGAUCAGCCACCCGUGAAGAAGCAGAGCAAGUGGUCACCGGAGGAAGAUGCCCUUAUCAUCGAGCUUCGAGGACGCAAUAUGAAGUGGGAGGAUAUCUCAAAGCGUCUGCCUGGCCGGAGUGCCAUCAGCUGCCGCCUACACUACCAGAACUACCUCGAAAGACGGAGUGAAUGGGACGAAGAGCGCAAGAAUAAACUGGCCAGACUUUACGAGAGGUUCAAACCAGAAAUGUGGGCAAAAGUUGCAGAAGAGAUGGCAGUGCCCUGGCGAGCAGCAGAGGCCAUGCAUUGGCAGCUUGGUGAGGCAGAUAUGGCUAGACGUGCAGGCGUUAUCCCUUUCUCUCUAGCUGCAGUCAAUGUCGAGGGAAACAACAGUCACAGGAGCUCCCCCUCACGCAGCCACAUCCACUCGCAGCCCCAAGUCAGCAUGCCUCGCGAUCUUGGAGCACCAUCGCCUCGAGUUGUGUACAACAGACCUCCACCAAUGCCUGCCAGCAGCCGAACUAUGGUUCCCCGCCGAGAGUCGAUUCCUCCGCCGCCUCCUUUGUCCAUGGUUCCAGAUCCUGCUGAAGCUCAGUAUGUACCAGGGCCAGGUUUGGCCCCGAUCCAGAACCAGCCACCACCUCGGACAGCUGGUAUGCUUCCUGGGGUUGCUGAACUUACUGGAGGAGUCAGCCCCUAUAGUACACCUGCUGCAGUGCCUAACAUGGGACCUAUAACCGGGGUAGGUCAAGGCCCUCUGUAUUCAACACUCGCCGGUUACUCGAUGGAAUCGGCCGGGUCCAAACGAAGAGCUUCCCCAGAUGAAUAUCCGCACGAGGCGAACCAGCGGCGCCGGAUUACAUAGCCUGCCAUGGUUGAGGCAACUGUACUAUAUGAGCGCUUGAUGAGUGAUCCUUGAGUCUUCCAGGACAUUUGUCUUGCAUCUCGUCUCAUAAGGCGACAAUUUUUGGGUUAUUAAGUGCGGUAAAGAAUGUACGACUUAUUAUGAUGGUGUUGAGAACACGGGGUUGCAUAACUACACGGACAGGAACAGAACAACAUUUUUUAACUUAUCGGCAAUCUAUUGCCUUCGGGUCUGAUUGAAGCAUACCCAGGAACACAAUAGCAUAUGGGUUUUAACGACGGAACGGAAUGGAUUGGACAGGAUGGAAUGUGGACAUGACUUAAUGUAAAGAAAAUCUUGUUGGGGAAACCAUUGGUGUGUUUUUUCUUCUCAUUUCGGUUCUUUGAAUUGUCUUUUUUAUUAUGUUUAUGUUUUUGUAUCACAAUUUGCAUUGACCAGAGGCAUCUGCAUGGCAAUGGAUACUGGUUGUUUGAGGACCUAGCAAUGGAAGCAUCAGAAAGGGUGAGGUCAAGGAUGACCUCAGGAAACCGGAGUUGAAAGAGAGACAGUGUUGUUUUGUUGCACAGCGUUUGCAUUUUACCUGUUUAGUAUCCCUUUUCCCAUUGAUAGACACAUAUGGAGAUGUGAUAGAGAAGAUAUCGGUGUAGAUGGAUUGUACAGUUAGCGUUAUUACCUUAGUUGAGCAAUAUCUUGAAUAUAUUACCAGCCUGAAGACGGCCAAGUACUCUUCCAUGGUUGGACAAGAGCGAAACA